UUGUUUACCCUAGCAACGGGCUGCUCGCUGUGUUUUUUUUACUGGUGAAGAACAAGAACUCGGAUAGCUAGCAUCCCCCCGAUGGCUUCGAUCUUUUGAGAUUUUGGAAGUUUUAACGUUUGGGAAAAGUGUUGAUAAACAACCUUAACUUAACCACGACAGUGGUGCGUAUUGGGUGUUAGCAAUCUGUUUUCACCACAGGACCGUUUUUCUGUUGAGUUGUUAGGAACGCAAGAAAAAUGGCAGAGGGAGCACUGAACAACCAAAGGGAGCACACAGCGAUCUGCUUCAAGGCCUUUAUGCUCAAGAAUAGUACAAAAAGCAACCUCAACCUCUAUGACCAUCUUUCACGAUUACUGACCAAGGUGAUGGAUGAGCGUCCAGAAAAUGUGGUUGACAUAAUUGAAGACAUGAGCCGUGAGGUGAAGCAGGAAUUUCUGCAGGACAAGCAGAGCACCUUGAGAGACAUGCCACUGGCAACAGCUGCACAGCUCCUGGCUGAGCAGCAGAGGUUACUGUUUUCACGGAGAGGGGGUGAUGAUGGAGAACAAGAGGAGGAACUGGUAGAAACACCGCUUCCCAAUGUGAGUGAGCUUGGCUUCUUCCUCGAGCAGGCUGGAGUGGGACUGGGUAGAGAGGAGAUGCUGAUGGUCUUCCUGGCACUCAAGCAGCUGGUGGAUUCCCAACCGCUAGUGCGCUGCCGACUUUGGGGCAAAAUCCUGGGCACGGGGGGCAACUAUCUUGUUGCUGAGUGCGAGUACAGAGAGGGGGAGGAGGAGGAAGAGGGUAAUGAGGAAACAGUGGAAGAUGAGGAAAGAGAUGGAGAACCUCGGGAUGAUGAUGAGGAAGCUGAUGUGGUGGAAGUGAUUGAUACGCUCCCAAGAUCCACCUUCAAGCCCCCGCCUGUGGUGCCAAAGGAGGACAAUCGCACAGGUGUGAACAAGUUUACUUACUUUGUGUGCAGAGAGCCUGGCCUUCCCUGGGUGAAGCUGCCCACUGUCACUCCCACCCAGAUCACAGCCGCACGCCACAUCCGCAAAUUCUUCACAGGGAGACUGGAUGCCCCCAUCAUCAGCUAUCCUCCUUUUCCUGGCAAUGAGGCCAACUAUAUGCGAGCCCAAAUUGCUCGCAUCUCUGCCGGCACACAGGUCAGUCCCCUCGGGUUCUAUCAGUUUGCAGAGGAGGAAGGUGAGGAGGAAGAGGAGGGAGCCCGAGACAGCUUUGAAGAGAAUUCUGACUUUGAGGGAAUUCCUGUUCCUGAAAUGGCAGAAUCACUAUCCACCUGGGUGCAUCAUGUCCAGCACAUCCUUCAACAGGGUCGCUGUGUGUGGGUGAACCUGGCUGACAAGCCUGAGGAUGACUUUGAGGAGGAAGGAGAUGAAGAGGAGAAGGAGGAGGAGCCUGAUGAGCCUGAUCCAGAGGUGGGGCCUCCCCUCCUCACUCCACUCUCUGAGGAUGCAGAGACUACCAACACCCCUCCCUGGAGCUCCAAGAUGUCCUCCACUCUCAUCUCUCAGUUUGCUAUUGCAGUGCUGCGCUCAAACCUCUGGCCGGGAGGUUAUACUUAUGCCAGUGGAAAGAAGUUUGAGAACAUCUACAUUGGUUGGGGCCUGAAAUUUGCAGGGGAAGGGUACAUCCCAACUGUUCCAACAAUGCCCCAGAGAGAAUACCCCAGUGGGCCAGAGAUCACAGAGUCCCUGGACCCCAGUCUGGAGGAAGAGCAAGCCCUGAAAGCAACCCUGGAGGAGCAGAGGGCUGCCCAAGAAGAGACAGAGGCCUUGGGUGAAGAUGAAGAGGAGGAGGAAGAAGAGGAUGAUUAAAGAUGACUUUGUAUUUAACAAACACUACAUUACAAAAUAGGCAACAUUUACUGUUGACUAAAGCCCGAGGGCUCUGUUCAAUCCGCGUCGCAAAGUUCAGCUUUACAGCGUGAUUGAAAUUUAAAGGCAAUGUUCCGGCUAUGUCUGCUCAAAAUUACCUUUACAUUUCUACUGCGGAAUCUGUAACGCUUCAGCGAUAGAUUAAAUAGAGCCCCUAAUUUAUUAAGAACAAAUAAAACAAUUCGUACAGCAAUGUCCACUGAGAGAACAGUCCUUGUACAUGUUUUUUUUUAUUAGUCAUUUUUUAAAGAUUAUACAGACAAACAGGUAAAGAGCAAAACACACACUGAUCCCCUACCAAAUCCAACCCACCCUCACCCACCACGAUCCAACAGUGUCCCACCCCAAUACCAGGUUUUAAUGAAACAAUGUUUGUGCAUUUAAUUGACAUACUUUUUUAGACAUCGGACCGUAGUCAGAUGUGUUGGCAAGGCAGACUUCACUGUUUAUUACUUUCCACAUGAAGCAGGCAAGUAACUGAAUACCUCAGUAAUUGUUCCUGUCCUUAAUUGGCCAUGUCAGAACAUGUGGGGUGAGCCUUUAAUAAGUAUAUGCAGCACCAGUCAAGAGUUUGCACACACCUACUCAUUCCAGGGUUUUUCUUUAUUUUUGCUAUUUUCUACAUUGUAGAAUAAUAGUGAAGACAUAAAAACUAUGAAAUAACACAUAUGGAAUCAUGUAGAAACCAAAAAAGUGUUAAACAAAUCAAAAUAUGUUUUAUAUUUGAGAUUCUUCAAAUAGUCACCCUUUGCCUUGAUGAUAGCUUUGCACACUCGUGGCAUUCUUUCAACCAGCUUCAUGAGGUAGUCAUCUGGAAUGCAUUUCAAUUAACAGGUGUGCCUUGUUGAAAGUUCAUUUGUGGAUUGUCUUUCCUUCUUAAUGCAUUUGAGUCAAUCAGUUGUGUUGUGACAAGGUAGGGGUGGUAUACAGAAGAUAGUCCUAUUUGGUAAAAUACCAAAUCCAUAUUAUGGGAAGAACAAAUAAGCAAAGAUAAUGACAGUCCAUCAUUCAGGAAAUGACAGUCCAGCAAUCAGGAAAACUUCAAGAACUUUGAAAGUUUCUUCAAGUGCAGUCGCAAAAACCAUCAAGCGCUGUGAUGAAACUGGCUCUCAUCAGGACCGCCACAGGAAAGGACCCAGAGUUACCUCUGCUGCAGAGGAUAAGUUCAUUAGAGUUACCAGCCUCAGAAAUUGCAGCCCAAAUAAAUGCUUAAGAGUUCAAGUAACAGACACAUUUCAACAUCAACUGUUCAGAGGAGACUGCGUAAAUCAGGCCUUUAUGGUUGAAUUUCUGCAAAGAAACCACUACUAAAGGACACCAAUAAUAAGAAGAGACUUGCUUGGGCCAAGAAACACGAGCAAUGGACAUUAGACCGGUGGAAAUCUGUCCUUUGGUCUGAUGAGUCCAACCAGCAUGGCUGCCAAAGCAUUCUGCAGCGAUACACCAUCCCAUCUUGUUUGCGCUUAGUGGGACUAUCAUUUGUUUUUAAACAGGACAAUGACUAUUUGACCAAGGAGAGUGCUGGAGUGCUGCAUCAGAUGACCUGGCCUCCACAAUCACCCGACCUCAACCCAAUUGAAAUGGUUUGGGAGGAGUUGGACCGUAGAGUGAAGGAAAAGCAGCCAACAAGUGCUCAGCAUAUGUGGGAACUCCUUCAAGACUGUUGGGAAAGCAUUCCAGGUGAAGCUGGCUGAGAGAAUGCCAAGAGUGCAAAGCUGUCAUCAGGGCAAAGGGUGGCUACUUUGAACACUUUUUUGGUUACUACAUUAUUCCAUAUGUGUUAUUUCAUAGUUUUGAUGUCUUCAUUAUUAUUCUACUAUAGUAAAAAUAAAGAAAACCCAUUGAAUGAG